CGGUUUCAAAAAUGCGACCGGAGUCUCCGAGAAAAGCAAGGAAAAAAGUCGCGACGGGGAAAGCGGUGGAACCAGGGCUUUAGCUAUCGGUGGCUGUGGUGAUGGUGGCGGUAGCGAAGGAGGGAGCGACGAGCACCAUAAACAGGGAAGCGUGGCGGCGGUCGGCGAGAAAGACAUCGAUUCAGAUAGCUCGUGAACUGCCAGAAGCACCUUCAAGAUUCAUCACUCUUCAAUCUAGUCUAAACACUCAUCAGUCUCUUCAUUCUCAUCCAUCUAUCAGUUCAUCCCACAUCAGCUCUCACAUCAUUCCUCAUUAGAUCAGUCUGCCUGUGACGUCACGUCAUGUCUCCACCACUCUCCAGCCUGUCGUCAUUAUGUUCCCGCUGCUUCCGGACCCAAAACCACCUGGUUCGUACUGCUCGCGCACUAGCCAAGGGACAUCCUCCUUUUCCGGCACGGCUAGUUCACCGCGCCGCCGCCAGAGGCGCCACCGGCGGCAGCUCGGCGGAGUUUGAUAGUUUCGGAGCGUGGGAUUCGAGAAUGGAGCUGGAACUUUCGUCCAGCAUUAAACACGGCAAGCCGAUACCCAGGGUAGAUGCGGCGAGCGUCGGAAUUUCGAGCCUGCAGGGCCGGCGCCGGUACCAGGAGGACCGCUGCGUCGUGGCGGACGUCUCGCCUGAUGUACUGUUGGCCGCCAUCAUGGAUGGACAUGGAGGGGACGGCUGUAGCCAGUUCUGCAGCAAGUUAUUGGCGUCAGUUGUAGCGGCUCAGCUAUCAGCAGGAGAGAGGGACCUGAUGGCAGUACUGCAGGAGACUUUCCAGACCCUCAACAGGCAGUUUGCAGAGGAGUGGGAGAGGCAGAGUGGCGCAGCAGACAGUCCCGGUACGACGGUCACAGUCUGCCUGCUCCGAUUGGGAGCCGAACUGGUUAUAGGCCAUGUGGGCGACAGCAGAGCCAUCUUGUGUCGAGACGGAGAAGCUCGGAAACUGACCACCGACCACUCGGCGGCGCUGCUAUCGGAAAAGCGCCGGGUGGAGGCGUCGGGUGGUCACGUGACUGUUGAUGAAGUUGGUCGUCACAUGGUGAACGGUAGACUGGCGAUGACCAGAAGUAUCGGCGAUCUUCAUCUGAAACGGUCCGGGGUGACCGCUUUCCCCGAUACCAGGUCACUGGAGGUAAAGCACGGCAGGGAUGCCUUUCUGGUGCUCACCUCGGACGGUAUAAAUCACGUGAUGAGUGACCAGGAGAUAUGUGACGUCAUUAGGGGCAGCCGCAGCCCGCCAGAGGGAGCCGCACAGCUUACCGAUCAGGUGGGAAGUGACGUCAUUUUGACGUCAUUAGGGGCAGCCGCAGCCCGCCAGAGGGAGCCGCACAGCUUACCGAUCAGGUGGGAAGUGACGUCAUUUUGACGUCAUCAGGGGCAGCCGCAGCCCGCCAGAGGGAGCCGCACAGCUUACUGACCAGGCUCUCUCGUACUCUGCUGACGACAACAUCUCCUGCGUGGUGGUACCGUUCGGUUCCUGGGGGAAAUUCACCGACGAUGCCAGCAUCUUCAUCAACUUUGGCAAGACCAUGUCGACCAGCAGCCGAUUCAGCUGAGAGAGCUGGCUGGGAGUCUGUGGAGUUUGUCACUUGGAGGAUUCCCUGUCGUCGUCACUGCGUUUGGAGCGUGGCGUCGACUUUUGGAUAUACAGGUAGAGAAAUAUGACGGCAAACUUCGCACCACUUUGGACUCCGCAGAAAUAGCCUCUACCGUGAGUGUCAAACCGCAUCUAUAGCCUCUACGCAGCCUUCGAUAUUAGCCUUACUACCAGUGACUCUCUCCAUAGCCUCUACGCAGUCUCAGCCGCCAGCAUUUCUCCAUAGCCUCUACGCAGUCUCAACCGCCAGCAUUUCUUCGUAGCCUCUACGCAGUCUCAACCGCCAGCAUUUAUCCAUAGCCUCUACGCAGUCUCAACCGCCCGCACUUCUUGUAGCCUCUGCGCAGUCUUCGACGGUAGUGAACUGCCUGAUUCUUUCGUCGAAGCCUCUGCUUGGGGUGUUGUUAUGUCUCACGAUGGAGCAACGGUCUUAGUGUUUGUUUUGUGAUAUAACUAUGUAAGGUCUGUAAGUGUAUAUGUAAGAAGAAGGGAAAGGGGCGAGUGGUUGAACUGUCGUCAAAACCUGCUCCUGACACAGUGGAGUAUGCAGCUGGACGUCUUUUGGUCUAAGUUGGUAUACACUUUAUUAUUUCUGUAUUGAUUCAGCCUAUAUUAAUUAAGAACGGAUUUUUUUUUGUCAUCUACAUGGAAGGAUUUUGUUAUUUACGAUUUACAUGUAUAUUCCCUUAAGAGCUCAUUGAAAGCUUAAAUUUGUACAACAUGCUCCCAACGCAUUCACAACUGAAGCCAAUCAGUCUAAUACGGACAAUUUUAUCGGGGAAAAAUAAUAUCAACAAAAAGCGCAUGCUGCUUUCACAUAUAACUAUUUUGUUGGAUAUAUUAGAACCACAACUGCACGCAUUUUAAAGAAAAUAUCUGCCAUUAUGCUAAUUUGUUGAUAGAAAAACAGGACAUGAGUUCGUGGCUUCCAGCAAACUUGCGAGCAAGAGUUUUGUCAGAGCCAUUCAUAAACAGAUGUUUUGUGGCGUCGGCGAGUGCAAUUACCUACUGAGAAAGCGAACACGGAACGCAAGCUGUAUAGCUAGUCUAAGUUUAUGUUAAUGUCAUGUCUUUCUUUAUACAUAUGUCAUUAUUAUUUCACCUUUGACCGUUUGUGAACCCGUGUUGCUUUUUGGGCCGGAUGAUAUUGCUCUAUGUGAACGCAGAUGAUAAUGUAGAUCAAUAGGACGCAUUAAUGCCUGUAAUAUUUGCAGGCUACGUAGUUCGUACUAUAGCACAUGUCUUUGUGAUAUCAGAUAUGCUAGAAUACCAGUGCAUUGUUUUGUAGGGUUAAAUCAAGUCAUGGCCAUAUGUAGAAUCAGGGCAAGGAAUGGUAUGGCGAGAAAAAGUCAGAAUUCAGGAAAAUUCAGGAUUAAGGAGAGGUAAUCAAGAGUCAAGGCUCAGGAGGGGUUUGAGGAUUUAUAAAGCCCCAAGGAACAAGAGGGGUUUGGAAUCAUAAAUCAAAACAUGAGCAUUCGUACCAUAUAUGUGGUAACUACAACCGUUUAUGAAGUGUUUGGUAACGUAAAACGGCUGGAUUGAAUGACAUUAUGUCACACGCUGAACGUCUUAUUGCCUUAUGCAGGUGGCAGUGUUUUGCUAUGAGAGUUCGUGACGUCAUAUGUCUGACGUCACACAUAAGCGUAAGCGAAACGCCAUGGUAAUGCUCAGCUAUCGGUGGCUUCACUGUAUUGAUGUGCCCUUGACGGUGACGCUCGAGUUAUAGAUACAGCGCCCCUAUAGUGAUAUAAGUCCGAUCUGCUGCUAUAGUUGACGGGUGAAUGUUGCUGCUGUUUUUCCGAGCAGGGUCAUAUGCGCUGUGUAUACGAUUACGGGAUGUGUAC